CGCAUGCGCUUCAUCGACAAAAACGCGUCAGGAGCCACCGCUGAACGCCGACAGACGUGCUAACUGCGCCUUAUUGCUCCUCACAGCCGAGCCAAACCACAGGGCACGGCGCCGCGCCGCGCACAGCCCCACCAGCCCACAUCGGCUCACACAAGCUCAUCGGACAGCGCACGACGCCAGCCGCCGCGAAAAAUGUCCUUCUGGUCCCAGAAAACAGCAGCCAUCGGCCAGAAGAAGUAUGGCCUCGUCAAGAAGCAGGGGAGCGCCCUCCAGCCCCAAAGCGCCGCCGUCGCCGCGCUGUUCGGAGGUGGCGACGAUGAUGAACCAAGAGACCAAAAAAAGGAAGUGGCCCAGCAGAUGCGCGACUUAGGGGCGGCCCAACGUAAAAGAGCCGCAGCACAAGCCGCGCAGGCCGCAGCUGUAGAUCCUUCAAUAUAUGAUUACGACGGCGUCUACGACCAGAUGAAAGAGGACGAGCGCAAGAAAAUCUCGGCGCGGAGCGGCCUGAGCAAUACGAACCACUCCAAACCUGGGGCGAGAUAUAUUGGGAGUCUGAAGCAAGCCGCGAAAGUGCGAGAACGGGAAUUUGACAGAGUCUACGAGCGCCAACUCCUCAAGGAGCAGGAACAAGAUAAGGAUACAUAUGGCGACACGGAGCGCUUCGUCACGGCGGCCUACAAGAAACAGCUCCAAGAAAGCAGAAAGUGGGACGCCGAGGACCGCAGGAUGGACGAGGUCGAGGAACGGACCUCGGCCCAGACGUCGGGCAUGGCCGGCUUCUACUCUAAUUUACUUACUAGGAAUAUUGCCGCGGGCGCGGACGUCGAGAAGGCCGCCGUGUCGUCGUACACGCACGGCUCGCGGCGGAACGCGUUCGUGGACGAAGGGCCGUCAUCGGUCGUGCCACGGCAGGAGGAGGACGCCGCCGCGUCUGCGUUGGCGCGGUUCGACGAUGCGGUGCCGCCGUCGGCGGACGACGAGCGCAAGGCGCGGGCGGCCUUCGCGGCGUCGCGGGGCUACGACGCCGUCGCGGAAAGACUGGCCAAGGUCGAGGACGAGGAGGUGAAGCCUCCUCCUCCUCCAGUCGUGGAGGCGCCGCAGGUCGCGCCGCAGGACGCGGCCGCGGCGGCGCGCGAGCGGUUUCUCGCGCGGAAGCGCGAGCGGGCCGCGCGGGGUAAGUGAGUAGUGUGUGA